AAAGAGGAUUACUGAACGCUGCCACACAAAAUAUGAAAGAAGAAGACCGUCCUGAAAAUAAAUAACAGGAGAAAUCGAUUGAAAUAUGAAAAUAUGAGAAAUGGAGUUUGUUAAAGUGGAGGUUGAUGACAUUAGUGAUCCAGAUGCAUGCAGAAUUAAACAUGAAGAUACUGAGGAACACACAGACUUGAUGGAAGUGAAUCAGCAAAUAAAUGAACUAAAUGAAGCGGAGGAUGAACAUUGCACCUUUCAAGCUCAAAGAACAACAGCCAAAAAGCUGCACACCUGCUCUCAAUGUGGAAAAGGUUUCACACACAAAGGGAAUUUUAACACACAUGCAAGAAUGCACACUGGAGAGAAACCAUACACAUGCGAUCAAUGUGGAAAGAGCUUUACUCGUUCAUCAGGUCUCAGUAAACAUCUGCUCUGUCACUCUGGAGUCAAGCCUUUUAUCUGUGAUCAGUGUGGGAAACAUUUCAUUUCGUCAUCAAAACUAAAAACGCACCAGAAAGUUCAUUCGGAUGAGAGGCCUCAUGUGUGUCCUUACUGUGGAAAGAGGUUUUCACGACUGGACAGUUGUAAACAGCAUCAGAAAAUACACGAUGAAGUGAGAGAUCAUGUGUGUUGUGAGUGCGGGAAGAGCUUUACUACAGCGAGUCAACUAAGACAGCAUCGAAGAAUUCACAGUGGAGAAAAACCUUACAAGUGCUCCUACUGUGACAAGAGUUUCACUCUUUCUGGAAACCUGAAAGUACACGAGCGAGUUCACACUGGAGAGAAACCGUAUCACUGUAUGCAGUGUGGAGAGGGUUUCAUAAGUACCAAAAAUCUCAGUUAUCAUCUGCACGUUCACUCUGGAGAAAGGCCGUUUGACUGUGACCAGUGUGGUAAAAAGUUUAAAUCCGCAUCAAAUCUAAAAUGUCACAUGAAUGUUCAUUCAGAUGAAAAGCCUCACUUGUGUUCUUUGUGUGGAAAGAGUUUUUCAAGACUGAACAGUUGUAAGCUGCACCAGAAAAUGCAUGAUGAUGUAAAAGAUCAUGUGUGCUAUGAGUGUGGAAAGAGCUUUACAGCUGUUGGCCAGUUGAGACGGCACAAAAGAGUUCACACUGGAGAAAAACCUCACAAGUGUUCAUUCUGUGACAAGAGUUUCACUGUGUCUGGAAAUUUGAAAGUACACGAGCGAGUUCACACUGGAGAGAAACCGUAUCACUGUACUCAGUGUGGAAAGAGUUUCACUCAGUCAAAGACUGUAGCGAUCCACAUGGAAAAGCAUUGUUCUGUGUCAGAGUGAGCAAAUGUUUUAUUCAGAUACAAAUACUUUAUAAUGUAUGUGAGAUUCAGAUAAAGUAAAUAUGUGACCCUGGAUCACACAAAACCCGUCUUAAGUCUCUGGAGUAUAUUUGUAGCAAUAGCCAAAAAAAACACUGUGUGGGUCAAAAUUAUCGAUUUUUCUUUUAUGCCAAAAAUCAUUAGAUAUUAAUUAAAGAUCAUGUUCUAUGAAGAUAUUUUG